CAGUAUGUGUAGAAGCGACAGCACAGAGUGGUUCUCUCUCGGUGGAAGACCGCGUCCGAGUGACAGCACGUCUUUGCUCUUACCACAACCCUCAAGUACCAUGGAGGACUUAAGUAGUUGACGUUUCCUGCAGCAACCUUUCUCUUUUAAGCUUUCUUCCCGUCAGAUCAUCGUUAUCUCGACCUGGUUUUAUUGACGUUUUCAACUUGACACGAGCUUUGACCAACGGAAACCAUGAAGUACAUCAUCGGCAUUGGCGGAGUGACCAACGGAGGGAAGACCACCCUCACCAACAGACUCAUCAAGACCUUACCCAACUGCUGCGUGGUGCAUCAAGAUGACUUCUUCAAGCCACAAGAUCAGAUUGAAGUUGGUGAAGAUGGCUUUAAGCAGUACGAUGUCAUCACUGCUUUGGACAUGGACGCCAUGAUGAGUACCAUCCACGGAUGGCUGGAGAACCCGGUGAAGUUUGAGAAGUCUCAUGGCGUUAAUAACACCCAGGAUACUGAAAUUAUGCCCAAGUCCGACCACAAGAAGGAGGAAGAGAUUCACAUCCUUAUUGUGGAGGGCUUCCUGCUUUACACCUAUGGGCCUUUGAUCGACGUGCUAAACCAACGCUACUUUAUUUCCAUCCCAUACGAAGAAUGCAAAAAGAGGAGGAGCUCUAGGAAUUACGUGGUGCCUGACCCCCCCGGCCUGUUCGAUGGCCACGUCUGGCCCAUGUACCUGAAACACAAGAACAUCAUGGAGGAAUCAGCAGUUGAUGUUGCGCAGCUAGAUGGAACCAUGUCAAAGGAACAGCUGUUCAACUUUGUCUAUGGCAACAUCCUGAAUAACAUCCAGGCAUCUCUCUAACAAAGGUCACCUGAUCGGCUAAAGCAUUUACUCUACAAGCAGAAGACCACCAUGCCUUAAUUUCCUACCUGGCAGCUCAUUUCACUGCCAUGUUUUUUAUUUUAUGUAUGUUUAACAGCAUAAAAUGCUGGUGUGAUUUUUGUUUUAUAUCAUAUUUAUUGCUUUAUUACAGCCAAAGAGAGCAAAUGGAACACGUUCAGAGGAUGGUUGCAUGAGUCAAUAAAUGAUCCUUCUGCUAA